AUGACAGCUCAAGUCAACGGUGAGCCGCAUCCAUCCUCUGCAACACUGACACACAUCACCAGUUACCCUGUUGUCCACCACGCCCUGUCACACUACAAGAGCAAUCCUUACGGGAAGAAGUCGCUCGAGCUAGGCGACUCAGCUUACCAGACAUUUGCGAAGCCCAUUGUACCCUACCUGGCCAAGCCAUACGAGUACAUAUCACCCUACGUCAAAAACGCCGACAGCUUCGGUGCCGGCGCCCUCACCAAGAUCGAUGAGAAGAUCCCGAUCCUGAAAGAGUCGACCGAGAGCAUUCAGGCCAAGGGAAAGCAGGUCGUCUUUCACCCCUUCGUCAAGAUCAAGGAGAUUACCGAUCACCUGUUCAGCGUCUACAACUCCGAGGUGAAGCAGGUCGGCGGCCAGGGCUUCGUUGCCACCAACAAGGCCCUCAUCUCCACCGGGCUCGUCUUGGCAACGGAGGCCCUCAAUUGGACUGGGUCCAUUCUGCGGAUGGCAAGGAUUAAGCUAAGCAAGCUGGCAAGGAGCUAG